AUGUCAAAAUACAUCAACGCAGCGAAGCAGGACAUCCGCGAGGAUGUGACUUGGCAAAAGGCCGGUCGUCUGUCCCGCAAGGGCAUCAAGGAGUUCCCCGAGACCUCGCUUCAAUACCUGCUCGACAAGGCGCCCAUCAUAGGCUGGCUUCCAAAAUACAACCCGCGAUGGCUCAUCAACGACAUAAUCGCCGGCCUUACGCUGGGUCUGAUGUUGAUCCCGCAGGGUCUGGCAUAUGCCAAGAUCGCCGAGAUCCCCGUCGAGUACGGGUUAAUGUCUUCGUGGUUGCCGGCGAGCAUCUACGCCAUUAUGGGAACCACCAAGGAUCUUUCCAGCGGUCCUACCUCCCUGAUCGGUCUGCUCACGUCAGAGGGUGUCCAUGAGUUUGGAGAGGAAUACACACCUUCGCAGGUCGCUUCGGCCAUGGCGCUAUGGAUGGGUGUGUUUGGCAUGAUUCUGGGCUUCCUCAAGCUCGGGUGGCUCCUCGAGUUCAUCUCGCUGCCCAUCCUCAGCGGCUUCAUCACAGCUGUGGCCAUCACCAUCAUCCUCAACCAGAUGCCGUCGCUACUUGGCCUCAAGGGAGUCGGCUCGGGCACGGCGCAGCAGAUCCACGACAUUUUUGCCUUCCUGCCAAAGGCUAGUCUCAUGACCUGCGUCAUGGGCUUCACGGGCAUCCUGUUCAUGACGAUUCUGGAGAAGGCGGGCAAGCGCUGGAGCGACAAGAACAAGAUCGUCUGGUUCUGCUCCAUCACGCGGGCCUUCCUCACCCUGGUCCUCUUCACCGGCGUGUCGUUUGCCGUCAACGGCAAGAAGAGCAACCCCAAGAAUUACAUGUUUGAGGUUGUGCAGGUCAAGGCCGACGGCCAAGAGCCACCGGCCAUGCCGCCCUCGGAUCUGAUCAUGAAGACGGCGACGCGGUCCAUCGCGCUCUUCAUCGCGGCGGCGGUCGAGCACUCGGCCAUCGCGCGAGCCUUUGGCGUCAAGAACGACUACGUCCCCGACCAGUCGCAGGAGCUGUGCUACUUUGGCGUCACCAACUUCAUCAACUCCUUCUUCCACGCCAUGGGCGUGGGCGGCGCCAUGUCGCGCACGUCGGUCAACUCGCAGUGCCACGUCAAGUCGCCGCUCUCGGGGGUCAUGACGACGGCCGUGGUGCUCAUCUCCAUCUACUUCCUCGUCGGCACGCUGUACUGGAUCCCCAAGGCGACGCUGGCGGCCAUCAUCAUCACGGCCGUGUGGCCGCUCAUCCACGCGCCGCAGGACUUUUACCGCUACUGGAAGACGUCGCUGGCCGACUUCAUCUCGUCCAUGAUCGCGCUCUGGGUGUCGCUCUUCUACAGCACCGAGAUGGGCAUCGGGCUCGCCGUCGGCUUCAACAUUGUAUACUGCGUCCUCCGCCAGACCUUUACGCGCGUGACGUCGUCGGGCGUCCCGGCCCCGUCCGACGUCGACGAGCGGGACCUGCCGCACCCGGACUCCCCGCAGGCGCGCGACGUGCACGUCUUCCGCUUCAACGACUCCUUCUUCUUCCCCAACAGCUACAUGUGCACGACCGCCAUCCUCGACUCGGUCCAGACCUACCACGCGCCGGCCUACCACGGCGCGCAGGGCCCCGAGGUGCGGGAGCGCAACUGGUCCGUGGUGGCCGAGAAGCGGAUCCAGCGGCUGCGUCGGCGGGCCGGCAUCACGGACCCGGACGCCCUGCCGCCGAUCGGGCUCGUGGUCCUCGACUUUGGCCGCGUCAACCACGUCGACAGCACCGCGUGCACGCACCUCAAGAACCUCGUCAAGGAGAUCUCGCGCUACGGCGGCAAGCACGUCGAGGUCCGCUUCGUGGGCAUGACCGAGUACGUGCGCGAGCGCUUCGUGCGCUACGGCUGGAACGUCAUCGACGCCCCCGCCGCCGCCGCCGCCGCCGACAAGGACGCCACCGUGCUGUUCCCCAGCGUCGCCGCCGCUGUGCUGGCGCCCAGGCGCAGCCACGCCCCAGACGUGCUGCACAACCGCCACGAGUUUGACGAGAAGCGCCCCGGCAGCGAGGAUCUCGAGAAGGGCAUGACCUUGCACGCCGAAAGGGCCGGCAGUUCCAGCUCGCGCGAGGGGAAGAGCGAGUCGAGGCCUUGA